GUUGCAUGGCGCUGAGGAGCAAAGUGAAGGCUCUUGCUCAAGUUGUUCUUCCAGGGCACAGAGAGGAGGAGGAGGAGGAGUCACGCUCUCGCCUCGUCAGAGAGAAGCAAUAUCACAUGGCGGUCUUGUGGUGCGGAUGGCUGAGCGGCCAACUCCUUUCCUGGUCGGCAUGAGGAACUCCAGGGGCUCUACGGGGUUGGUGGUGGGCCUGGUGGUUGGGGCUGGCGUCUGUUAUUGGCUUUACAGAGUGACUUCGAGGAGGAGGAGGAGGAAAAGUGGUGGGGCUGGGAAACUAGUAGCGGGAACAAAAGGCGAACGUCUUCGGAAUGACCCUAGCCUUGCUUCUCAGUCGCUCCUUUCGGGGGAAUAUGAGGUGGCUGGCUCAGAGAGCGGCUUAUUGCAGCAAGCAUCCGGUAUGUCUGUGAUUUCCAGCACUCUCCUGAAAGAUUCUAGAAGUCUUCGGCAAGGUGUAGAUCUUCCAAAACCAUCUGAUAAUCUAGAGGUACACCACAUACAGAAACUUAUUAAUCUACUUGAGUCUACAGAAGAUCCCUCAAUUCAGGAACAAGCCUUGGUUACCCUGAGCAACUCUGCUGCAUUCUCUGUAAAUCAAGAUAUCAUUCGAAAUGUAGGUGGCAUUUCUGUGAUUGGAAAAACACUUUCAGUUCCUAUUGCUAAAGUUAAAGAAAAAGCACUGAAUGCUCUUAAUAACUUGAGUAUGAAUAUUAAAAAUCAAGAAGAGAUAAAGAUAUAUAUUACCAAAGUCUGUGAGGAAACUCAUUCAUCUCCUUUGAACUCUGAGUUGCAACUAGCUGGGCUUCGCUUCUUAACCAAUAUGUCUGUUACCAAUUACUAUCAUUACAUGAUGACUAGCUCUGUCCCAUGCUUUCUUCACUUGCUUUUGGAAGGAAAUGAAAGAACACAGAUUCAGGUUCUAAAAGUGCUUGUGAACUUAUCAGCAAACCCAACUAUGACAGAACAUCUUCUUAAUGCUCAGGCACCAUUCCUAUUAACCCUUUUUGAGAGCUGCAUAAACAAAGAAGUUCUUCUCAGAGUCCUGGCAUUUGCCACAAAUUUGGCAAAGCAUAUGAAAAAAGAGAAGACUGCUGCCCACCAACACAGUGAAGAUUCAGUUUUUUCUGUACUCUGGGGAAACUCUACAGACUGUGCUCAAAAACUGGCAGCUUUAUUAUACCAUCAUGACACAGAAGUCAAAGAAGAAGUUGCAAAACUAAUAAUGCAGCAGUGUUGAAUUGGAGAUGGAACUGUUUAGAUGUACCCUCCUGCAUCAAACCAAAUCAUCAGUACCAGCAUCCUGUUCCCCAGAGUGACCAAACAGAUGUGUCUGGCAAACCUGCAAGCAGGGCAAUAGCCCUCUCCCACUGUUACGCAGUGAUAUGCUGUCUCUGAACCUGGAGACUCCAUGGUUGUAAUGAUUAGUAGCCAUUUAUAUAUGUCAUGAAUUUAUCUAAUUUUUUAAAGCUAUCUAAGCUAAUAGCCAAUAUUGCAUCUUGUGGCAGCAAGAGUUCUAGAUGCUGAAUGAAAGACCCUGGCAGACUUGUAUGGGUGGAUGUGAUCGGACAGAUACCCCAGCGCCAAGCCAUGUAGGGCUUUAAAGAUCAAAAACGGCACCUUGAAUCUAGCCCAGAAGCAAACUUGCAGAGUGGAGCUGCUGCAGGAUAGGUAUAAUAUGUGUACAAAGAACACUCUCAAGCAUCCUUGGGACAAACUGGAAUGCAUUGUAGUAAUCCAAUUUGGAUGUUACCAGUACAUGGGUAACUGAGAUCUGACUUUCCCAAGUAGGGUCAUAUCUGCUAAAAGGCAUUCCUGUAAUCAGCUGCCAUCUGUGCUUCUGAGGAUUGUGUUGGGGCUAGGAGUAUCCUUAAAUUACAAACACUGUCUUUCAGAGGGAGCAUGACCUUGUCCAAGAUCAGAUUUAACUCAUCACUUGAAUGCUUGGUUUUACCAAUCUGGAUUAAGUUUCAGCUUGCUUGACCUCAUCUGGCACAGGCCAUCCAUCAUCUCCCUAGUAUCUAUAUUAUUAAUCCCGGUAGACGUGCCUCUGUGGCGAUGCGUCCCGGCAACCCAGCAGAUUGGCUGGGAAGCCGAGGCGCCGGAUUGGCUGGGCGGUGGAGCUCACAGCGCGGCAGGAUUCAUGAGACUGUUGAGCUGCUGCUCAGGGAAAUGGCAGACGGAGGCGGGACCAGCCGUGGCGGGCACUGUGCGCCGCCAGUGUGAGGAAGAGGCAGCAGGAGCAAAUGGGCCAGCAAGCCGGUCAGAAACCACAAGCAAGGGUGGGCAGUGGAGUUAGGGAAAAGGGGCUGAAGGGGGGGUAGCCAGGGAGAACUAGGGGCGCAGAUGCUAUGCGCCCGGUCAACUAAUCUAACUUAAAUGACAGAGCUGGGUAUUAUCAGCAUAUCAGUACUAUGGCAGGAGUGGGCAAACUUAGCCCACCAGCUACUGUUGAACUACUACUACUACACUGUGGCUGGAGAUGGAAGUUGUACUUCAACAGCUGCUGGUGGGCCAAGUUUGCCCAUCCCUGUACUACAGCCAUGGAUGAACCCUGUGGUGCCCCCAGGCCAAUGGACAAGGAGUAGAGAAGGGAGCCCCCAGCAGCACCUUUUGAGUAUAGCCCUCCAGAUAGCAACAGAGCCACCACAGAAGAUGAGCUAGGAGGAUACUGUGAUUAAUGGUGACUACUGGGUCUAAGUAGCCACCUAAUGGCGCAGUGGGAAAUGACUUGCCUAGCAAGCAGACAUUGCUAGUUCGAAUCCCUGCUGGUAUGUUUCCCAGACUAUAGGAAACACAGAUAUAAGAAGAUGCUGAAAGGCAUCUCAUACUGCAUGGAAGGAGGCAAUGGUAAAUCCCUCCUGUAUUCUACCAAAGAAAAAUCCCAAGGCUCUGUGGUCAGCAGGAGCUGACAAUGGCUCGACAGCACACUUUGCCUUACUGAGUCUAAAUUAUGUAACAAAUGUUACACACACACCCCCUCCAAAAAAAGCUUGUAGUUGGAUCAUGAGAACUACCUCCAUUGAAGAGUAACAUGAUAUAGAAUUCCAGUAUACUUAAGUUGCUUUGCUGUAAACAGAAAAACAUCCACAUGUGAACUCUAUUUGCAGCUCCAACAAAUACAACAGAAGGAAAUGCAGUUAAAUCAGUCUCUGUACUCACAAGUUAGCUUUGUUUGUAAUGAAAUGUUUACUGGACUGGUCAAACAGCGGAGGAAAGUUACACACGUUUAAAUAUUGCAUAUUUGGAGAAAUGAUACAAGACAAGCAAACCAUAAUUCAGAGAGAAAGGAGUACUUAAAUGCAUUCAUAUAAAUUGGGGUGCACUCAGAAGAAAGCAUAGCUAGCAAGCGUUAUUCCAGUACCCACAAUAAUUCAAAGUAUUGUGCAAUAAAGUAGUAACAUUUGAGCGUC